GUUGUAGUCAGACUCAGCAGCUGAUUUAGUGAGGCCGAGGCGGACUUGGUUCAUUGCCCAGUGUUGAUAACAUUGAGAGAAACUGACAGCUAGUAGACAACACUGUGUCCGUUUCAGCUUCGGUCUGUGAGCGCUGCCCCCCGACAUGGGCUGUUGGUAGCGUCUGGCCCCGGAAUGGCGCGGCUGCGGCCGGGCUGAACAUAUAAUGGCCGAGACGUGGGGUUCGGAGAUCAUGACGCAGGCCCUCGGGUGUUUGCAGGCCUUCAGCUCAGAGUUUGCACUGGAAUGGGAGAACAGUGAUAUGAAAGCUGCGAUCUUCAAAUUGCUCUUGGGCUGGAUCGUACUGAGUCUCACUGCGAUACAUUUGGCUUGGAAGAGCUACGGACCCACCGUGAAUAGCAUCUACUACCGGCAGGGUAUGGGUGGACAAAAUGGAGGAACCCCAGAGUACCCUGCUCGUUUUCCAAUAUGGGAAAGUUCAAGCACUGAAUCUUUAAAAAGGCACCAAGAAUGAGCUCUCUUAUCCGGACUCUAACUCCCCCCAGUGGAGACUUCUGUCCACCAGAUCUGUAAUGUGGCCAUGCUAUGUGCCUGAAGCAGAAUGUGCGAUCUGUAUUAGCACUGGGUGAGGCAGCUGUACCACCACAAUACACACAGUAUGCUGGAUCUGAUCAACUGAGCAUGUGCGGGACAGUGACUGCCUCUAACAGACAACUUCAUAAGGGUUCUGAUCACUAAGUAGUAGAGUGCUGGAUGAAAUGCUUCAUUCUACUGACAUCAGGGCGUAUUUCAUAUUCUGUCCAAAAGUACCAAAAUGAAUUGUGUUACAUUGCUUUUGUUUUCACUUAUUUAAAGCAAAGUUUUUAUUUAGCUAAUAUCUAUUGCUGAUUCUUUUUAAUUCUGCCUGCCACCCCCCAAUCACGGUCUUUAAUCCAUGGGUCAACCUAAUAACAGGUUCAACAGAAUACAUUGUAAUAUUGCACUCUGUCUCCUUCCACAACAUGCUGGCACAGAAUUUACUUUUGCCUUCUUGGUGAGGAUGUUAUGGUAUUAAUAGCUGAAGCCACUUAUCACAAAUCAUGUUUUGAAUAAAUGAAUAAUAGCCUUGCUAUUGCUUGACAUGCAGGGGUGGAAAUCUGCACUUAGUUUAUCUGCCCAAGGUUUAUAAUUAGGAUACAGCACUUGUUUUACCAAAAAAUAUAACAUUAGAUUCUUUAGCUAACAAAAUCAUAAUCACAGUAGUGGUACUGUAUAAACAUUUACUGUAUUACUGUAAGUACAGGACUAAAAGCUUUGACAAAAUGUAGUUAACCUGUGCCGCCUACUUGCUAUGCUAAGAUAUAGCAUUUCACUUGAAAAGAGCUGUGGCUGGACACAGAACAGCAGGCAUCUUGCCUGGGUGAAAAUUCCCCCAACUAUAUCAGAAGAGGUGCAGUUUUCCCCACUGUAUCUUGAUGUGUGCAUUAGUUUUCCUGUGUGUCAGCAUAUGCCGCUGCCUGUUUAUAUUCCUACAGAAUCCACCUUUCAGUACCCUGUGUGCUUUCUUUCUCUCAGCAGGUACCCAACAGCAUGUUACUCGCAUCUAACUGCAGACUUAAAGGGGUUGUUCACCUUUAAAUUAACUUUUAGUAUAGUGUAGAAAGUGACAUUCUUAGACAAUUUGCAGUUGCUCUUCAUAUUCUUGGUAUCUUGUCGUUUUUGAACUAUUUAGCAUUUUUUAAAAUCAGCUUUCUAAUCUGGAAUUUCAGCAAAUAUUUGGUCACUAGGGUUCAAAUUGUCCUAGAAAUCAGGCAUUGGUUGGAUUGAGAGACUGGACGAUGAAUAGGAAGAUAACCAUAAAAUUGUAGCGUUACAGAGCAAUAGUGUUUUGCAUGCCGGGUUCAGUGACUCCCAUUUUAAAGCCAUAAAGAAUCGGAAAAAGGGGCAAAUUUAUAAAAAAAAAAACUACUAUACAAAGACCAGUUGCAAAUAUGCUAGGAUUUGGCUGUUCUACAACAAAGUUAACUGAAAGGUAAACUAUCCCAUAAUAUGCCUAAUGUUGCAUAAAGUUAUGCUUUCAUAAGGUUUCUGUAAUUCCUAUUUCCCGUGGUGUGACAUUUUAUCAUUACACAUUAGGAGACUGAAAAUUACAGUUUUAUCUUCUAUAAUUAUUUCAUUUUCUUUCUACUUUCAGUUUGAAUUUGGUGGUAGUUCUGUUGGGAGUAUAUCUGUAAAACUGUAUCUUCCCCUUAACUGCAGGUUUCAUAUAACUCUCUGUAUUCCAAGCUCUAUUCACCUGUGUAUGAUUUGCUGUAGGCCACUUCUUCAAAUCAGUGUAAGAAAGUGCAAAGUGUGUAGACCCUGAGAAAGUGUGUUUAUGCCCUGCAAUAUUUAAUAAUCUUAAUUUAUUGAAUAUCCUAAAUAAUAGGUUUGAGUGGUGUGUGCAUGUUGUAUGUGUGUCCUAUUCAUUUGCUUUAAAUAUGAAAUGAUGGAAGACUAAGGUUUGUUUAAAUAAAACCUUUAUCCGCUAAUA